AUGGCGUAUCUUAAGUCUUCACAUCUAUGGGGUUAUGUUGAUAAUAUAAAGUUAGAAUCCAGCACGAGAGCGCGCCUCCAUGAGGACCCAUUGUCAGAAGAUUUUGCGAGGGACAUUCUGCUUCUUGGCAAUGGUGAAGUUCCACAGGACGGAAAUGAAGAUGUUGACAUAAGUAACAUAAGUAACAUAAGUAGUAUCCAUAUUCUUCAGGACCAGGGCUCCCCAGACCUAGAAGUCCACAACAGAGAUCUUGAUCUGCUUUGCCAAAGAGCCAUUUUCGCUCCUAAAAACGUUGCGGUCGGUGCAAUCAACAACAACCUCUUACUGCUUUUGCCUGAGGAUGAGACAGUCUAUAAGUCUAUAGACAGCAUUCCCAAUCUAGAUGAGGUAGUUGAUUAUCCCACUGAAUUUUUGAGUUCCUUGGAGCCUUCAGGUGUACCUCUACAUAUUCUUACUCUUAAAGUAGGUAGCUCUGUUAUGCUGAUAAGGAAUAUACAUCCACUGACGUUGUACAACGGUACACGCCUUGUUAUCACCAAAUUAAUUCCCAGUGUCAUUGUAACAACGAUUAUGACCGUCUGUAGUAAAUGUCAAGACGAACUAAUACCGCGAAUUCCCCACGUGCCUUAG